UGUGCCCACGAGCAAGAGAGAGGAACUGGGGUGAGCAAGCACUGUGGCUUUGUCUGUUUCCUGUUUCAGCAAAGGCUGCUGUGCAAAAAGAAAGACCGUACUAACAAGGGAAACGCUAAGUGGGCCAUGGAUUGAGAGCUUGCGCUUUACUCAGCUGCUGUCCUGCCCCAUCUGAGACCAGAGCCACGAUCUGCCCAGGAGCUGGAAUGCUCUCCUGAGUUGUUUGGUUUGGAGCCUGGGACCCAAGACCCAGGCAGCUAUUCCAGGAACUGGAAGCCAAGCACAACAGGUGCUCAGGAGGUCAUCAUGAUCAGCCCGGACCCCAGGCCUUCCCCUUGCUUGGCCCGGUGGGCUGAGAGCUACGAGGCCAAGUGUGAGCGCCGGCAGGAGACCCGUGAGAGCCGCCGCUGCCGCCCCAAUGUGACCACUUGCCGCCAGGUGGGGAAGGCACGGAGGCUCCAGCAAAGAGAGCAGCUCCAGAGAGCACGACAACAGGAGUUCUUCAGGAGGAGGAACUUGGAGGUGGAGGAGAAAGGCAAGGCCCAGAGCCCCAGGGCCAAGGAGCGAGGUCCCUCCAGGAGGCCAGGCCAGCCAACUGACCUCAAAGAACCCUUGUCUUGUGCCCACAGGAUCUCUUGCCCCCGGCAGCAGGUGUCAGACACCAGCUCUGAGAGUUUUCACACCCAGCGUCACCCUCCCUCAGGCACCUGGAGGGAUCUACCUGACCGCCCCUCCCAGGCCAGGGACUUUUCACCGAAGGACUCUCCCACCAAAAAACCACCCCAGCACCAUCGCGGCACUCAGACAAAGGCCGAAGCAGCCCAGCCAACAAUUAAGAAUGAUGCCAGUCAGCAAACCAAUUACGGAGUUGCGGUUCUGGAUAAGGAAAUCAUCCAGCUUUCUGAGUACCUCAAAGAGGCCUUACAAAGGGAGCUUGUUCUAAAACAGAAAAUGGUGAUUCUCCAAGACCUACUCUCCACUCUGAUAAGGGCCUCUGACAGCUCUUGGAAGGGCCAGCUUAACGAAGACAAAUUGAAGGGCAAACUGAGAUCUUUAGAAAACCAGCUGUACACCUGUACUCAGAACUACCCCCCUUGGGGAAUGAAAAAGGUGUUAUUGGAGAUGGAAGACCAGAAAAACAACUAUGAGCAGAAGGCCAAGGAGUCACUGCAGAAGGUGCUGGAGGAGAAAAUGAGCGCGGAGCAGCAACUGCAGAGCACACAGCGGUCCCUGGCUCUGGCCGAGCAGAAGUGUGAAGAGUGGAGGAGCCAGUAUGAAGCUCUGAAGGAGGACUGGAGGAACCUGGGGGCCCAGCACAGAGAGCUGGAGAGCCAACUCCACGUGCUCCAGUCCAAACUGCAGGGAGCAGACAGUAGAGACCUACAGAUGAACCAGGCUCUGCGACUUCUGGAAAAUGAGCACCAGGAACUGCAGGCCAAGAUUGAACACCUGCAGGGGGACAGAGAUCUGUACAGCUCGGAUACCCUGCACCUACAAGAUCAGCUGAAGAGGUCAGAGGAGGAGAAACUCGCCCUGGUGGCCCAAGUACAGCAGCUGCAGGGUUUGCUCCAGAAUCAAUCCUCACAGCUUCAAGAACAGGAGAAACUCUUAACAAAGAAAGUGAUAGGACCCUGCCUCAGAGGUGUGGACCUCACCAUCACUGAGAAUUUGGCUGCUUUUUUAGAUCAGGCUUUGCCUGUGUGGAGUCCAAAGCCCUCCCAUUAUGAAGUGGAACCUGAGGGCACAGGGAAGGAGAAAGAAUGGGAUUUCAGAGACCAGCUGCAAAAGAAGACUUUGCAGCUCCAGGCCAAGGAAAAGGAGUGCAAAGAACUGCAUUCGGAGUUAGACAACCUCAGUGACGAGUACCUCUCCUGCCUGCGUAAGCUGCAGCACUGUCGAGAAGAGCUGAACCAGAGCCAGCAGCUGCCUCCCAGAAGGCAAUGUGGCCGAUGGCUCUCGAUGCUGAUGGUAAUGAUCGCUAUAGCACUGGCAGUGUUCCUGGCCAAGAAGGACAGCCUGAUGAUCUGAAUCACUUGUGACCACUGCUUGGGUGAAAACCUGAAGCAAGAAACUCAAUAAAAAACUCAGAAGGUUGAUAUACUUUGAAGGGGGGUGCAUUUUCCCACCUGAGAUUUCUGACUUUGUUAUUAUUUUUUUAACCUAUUGUAAAAUAAAUACUUCAUCUAACA